AUGCAGCAACGACAACAAGGAUACCCCAAUGCACCGCCUAGGAUGGGUCCCCGUGGGAUCGCUCCAGAUGUAUUCAGCUCUCAAGAUUCAAUGCUGCACUCAAGCCGCCAGCAGCUCGAGGACGCCUUGUCGUUCGAGAUGGAGGAAACGCAUCGGUUGAAUACAGCUAUGAAAGAUUUGAAACUCAGAUUCGAUAAGGGCCUGGCUGUUCAGUCCAAACUCGAACACGAUGUUGCGGAGCGCGAUGACCAAAUAGCCAAGCUUCAGAACGAGCUCAAGGAGCUUCGCAAGCAGACGCAUGCCGUAGAAUCGGAUCUGGCGCAACUCACUAUGGAACACAUCAACGCGCAAACCAAAUGGCUUGACCAGACCUCUCUACUGAAUGAAGAAAUCACCCAGCUCAAGCGUGAAAAACGGGUCGCAUCGGCAAAGCACCAGGCCGAAGAGCUGGCUUGGGCGGACGCUGCAGCAGCCGCUGUGGCCAAAGCCGACGAGCUCGCCCCACCAAAGAAGAGUCAAAUGAUUCUUCCGACUCCCACAGAAAGUAUGGAGCACCAUGCACAAACACUACUGGUCAAUGAGCUGAGACUUCGUCUUGAGAAUCUAAAAGAAGAAAUCAACGAGGUUCGAGAAGUUAAUAGCCGCCUUGAAGAGGAAAAUGAAGGCUUUCAACUGCUUCUUGCUGAAAAGACCAUUGAUGGCGGCAUGUCUUUAGCUGAUGAGCUUGCAAGUGACAAUGAAGAGACGGUAGGCGAAGACACUAUUGAGGCUAAUGGCGAGACUAUACAGGAUGAAAUCAAGGACGAGACUUACCGCGAACAGCUUAAAGAACUGAAACAACUAAAAUUCGAAACCAAGUCUUUGCAAAAUCACAACAAGGCUCUGCGUAUGUCUCUCGAGCGGUUGGUAUGCAGACUGUUAGAGAGCGAGAAAUUUGCAAAAACAAUUGAGGAGAGUGUUCCUGCCCGUAAAAUAGGCGCGUUCAGCACCAGGGUUGCCUCGUACAGCGGCGAUUCUACCUCCCCACAAGGCAGAGCGACCCGGCUGAGUCGAGGCAGCACGGCCAGCACGCCGGCUCAAUGGACGUCCAUGCUGUUCAAUUACCACUUGAGCGGCAACACGGGCCGCCGUGUGCUGACACUGGGCGUAGACGAUGUGGUUCCUGAGCCACCCACGCCCGAGCCGCAAACUCGAUCUGCAUCACGAAGCUCUCGCUCUUCAGGAUUUAGUUUCUCGUCGCAGGCCGAUGAGGACGGUACCAUUGAACUGCCAAAGCGGACAUCACGGGGCAGCCAGACGAAAAUGCGGAGGCUCCAGAUGUCCGGUUAG